CUUAUGCCUCAAUGAUGGUAACACAAUGAUUAGACGCUGAUUAGUUUGCUGAAAUUAAGAAUUUCAAAUCCUUUUCUUCUGAUUUAUUUAGCAAGCUCCAGAGUAUCUGACAUUGUAUAACAAUCCUCUGUACGUUAUCAACCAAGUUAUCAACUCUCAUUUUAUUACAAUACUUUAUCUUCAUGAAUCAUACUUCAUUCAUUAUCUCUACCUGUGUGCAUUAUGUGUGUCAUUUAAACAUAAUUUCAUCUAUUGGACACAGAUCUCGCGAAGUCUCGUUUACAUCUCAUGACUGCAGUCCAAAGUCUCCCGACAGUGAAGGAUCAUAAAAUCUACGCCCACCAUAGAAAAUAUGGCACAUUCCAAAUUGAGCGUACCAAGCUUGGGUACACCCCAGCACUUUUUAGAGUGUGACAUUAAAGACUGUGAGAGGAAAUGUCAAUUUUACUGCAAUCCUUGCCAUCAGCAGAUGUGUGAACAAUGCAGAGACGAACAUCUGAAGAAUUCAGGAUACAAGAACCAUGAGGUGGUCCUUUACCAACAACGAAAGCGACAACUGCCUGUGGAGAAAUGCAAGAUCCACCCCACUAAAGAUAUAGACAUGCUUUGUGAGGAAUGCCAAGUUCCACUAUGUUCCAAGUGUGCGACCCAGAAACAUCAUCGUGGGCAUAUAUUUAUUGAUCUGGAGACAGUUUAUGCAGAAAAUAUGGCACUUUGCCUUGGGGAGAUAUCCAAAAUCCACGAAUAUUUCCUUCCAACAUCACAAGAUUUACAGAAAGAAAUAAAAGGCGAUUCCACAGAAAUAAAGAUGAUCAUGGACAGCUUAAGAACAGCCAUGAAGGUUGAUGGAGAGUCCCUCACAAGCAUAGUUAACGAAGUGGUGUCAAAAAAUAUACAACAAGUGGACAACAUAGAACAGUCAUUGCUGGAGAAAUUACAGAGUCAAGAUACAACAGUGAAAGAUUACAUUUCAUAUCUACAUGACCUUGUCAAAGAGUUCCAUAACUACCUGUCUUCUUCAAAGCUUACAGAUAUAAUUCCUAAACUUUCUGAGAAGUUCAAGGAUAUCCGACCCCUACCAGAGAAAACAAAACCGGUUACACCAGUGUUUACUGUUAGUCAAUAUAGCAAAGAUGAUGUUGCCAAAUUACUUGGAAAAAUAAAUUUUAAAGACACAAAAGCAGAAAUAAGAAAAUCAAAACCCAUGGAAAUUGUUUCUUCAACAUCAAUGGAAUCUACAAGUCAACAGAAGAAACGAGACAGAGAUACGAAAUCUGAUGUGAAACAAACAAUGUCUCUAUCUUCCUCUGUCACUGAGGUCAGGAAGUUUCAUGUCCUAGAUGUUAACAAUGCAUCCCAUAUGUCACUAUAUAAAUCAGGCAGACUCUGGGUCAGUGACAAUCAUGGUAACCUUGUCCGAACAGAUGUAAUGGGGAAUCAGCUACAAAAGAUACGAAUCAGUGCUGGAAUGUGCGUCCACACAGUCGCACAGGACGGGGAUCUGAUCUUUAUAGACAGUGAUAAUAAAGUCAUCUAUAAGAUAACACUGGAUUACAAUAUCACAGAAUUCAUUAAAACAGGCGACUGGACACCAGGCUCCAUAUACUCCUCCCUCAUCAACGGGGACAUUCUGGUGGGGAUAGGGAAGGAUAAAGAGAGUAAAGUCAUGCGGUACAACAAGACAGGAAAAGAACUACAGAACAUAAAGAAGGAUAACAUAGGACAGAAACUAUAUACUGUUCCAAUCUAUAUCACAGAAAACGUCAACGGAGAUGUCUGUGUGUCAUACUUUAAUGAAAAGGCUGUAGUGGUGGUGAAUAAAUCAGGACAACACAGGUUUUCCUACACAGGGUGGAAGUCAGGGUUCCGUCCCUUUGGAAUAUGUACUGAUGUCCUCGGUCACAUCCUGGUGUGUGAUUUACACUCUGUUCAUCUCCUUGAUCAGGACGGUCAAUUCUUGUCUCUAUUACUCACAGAACACGGGGUAUACAGUCCCUUGUGUGUGUGCGUGGAUGAUGAGAACAAGCUUUAUGUGGGAAAUCAAUACAACAACAUAGUGACAGUGUACAAGUAUCUCCAGUGAUUCUUACUUUGUGAACAUGAUGGAUAUUUAUAUUAUAGGAAUAACAACAAACCAACACAGUGGCAGUGUGCAAUUAUCUCCAGUGAUUCUUACUUUGUCAACAUCAUAGAUAUAUAUAUUAUAGGAAUAACAACACACCCACACAGUGACAGUGUACAAGUAUCUCCAGUGAUUCUUACUUUGUGAACAUCAUGGAUAUCUAUAUUAUAUUGUUUCUUCCUUAACGUCUCGCUCGAGAAUUCUUCACUCUUAUGAAGAAGUCAACAAGAUCGGUGAAGGGCUUCAAAUUUAGCCCUUUGCUCGGUGCUUACGGUCAUUGAGCAGUGAGGGUUCUUUAGCGUACCACACCUACUGUGACAUGGACUCACAUUCAGAGUCUCGGGAGCUUAUAAACUUUGACAGGAAAUGUGAGUACAUAUAACCCGCCAAGAAUCCAUAUAACGAAUGCAUCCUACUGCAUAGCGUUUAAUUCUUAAAAAUAAAAGUUUGGUAUGAGAUGAA